CGUUCACAGUCUCGCGAGAAACCGCUCGAGGGAUAUAAAAGCGGGAGCAGGCGCUGAUUCGAGCAGUGCUUACUGAGCAGGACUGACUGACAUUAAACUUCAGCUUUCUCUUCCUGAUACAGACACACAACAAACGUGAGAGACAUGCCUCCUGUGGAAAUAAUGAACGAGAAUGUGGUUGCCCGAGUGGCCAAGCUCCCGCUGGUGAGUUCCACCUACGACAUGGUGUCUGACUUGUACAGCAACACCAAAGACAACCAUCCAGCCAUCAAGUCGGUGUGCGAGGCCGCAGAAAUGGGUGUAAAAACGAUCACUUCGGCUGCCCUUACCAGUGCCUUGCCAAUUAUUGGCAAGCUGGAACCUCAAAUCUCUCGGGCUAACGACCUUGCCUGUAAGAGUCUGGAUAAAAUAGAGAAGACUCUGCCAAUUCUUCACCAGCCUUCUGGACAGCUUGUUUCCAGUGCAAAAGACCGGGUCACUGAAACCAUGAAUGGGGCCAAGGAGACCAUGUCCCACACCCUGAAUCAUGUGAUGGACCGAACCAGAGGAGUAAUGCAGGACAGCAUGGAGAUGACGAGGCUGGUUGUCACUGGUGGCGUCCACACAAUGAUGGAAAGCAAAGUGGCGAAGCUUGUGAGUAGCGGUGUGGACACUGCCCUGAGCACUUCGGAGAUUCUGGUAGAGCGCUAUCUGCCUGCGCCUGAGGACAGCCAAGAACAUGAAAUCAAAGGUUUUGAUGAUAAGACUAUUGAACCCAGCUACUAUGUUCGACUGGGCUCACUCUCUACCAAGCUGCGACAGAGGGCCUACCAGAAGGCUAUCAGCAAGGUUGGUGAUGCCAGGAAAAACAGCCAGGAGUCCAUCUCUCAGCUAAAUCGCACCAUGGAUCUGAUUGAGUACACACGAAAGAACAUUAAUGGUGCCAACCAGAAGGUGGUUAAAAAGUUGAGUGCAUUAAUGGACUGGAAAUCCACGUCUCAGAAUGACGGUGACACAGAGAACGACGCAGAGCUAAUAGAGUCCCGGACCUUGACCAUUGCUCGCAACCUGACCCAGCAGCUACAGACAACUUGUUUGACGCUCGUGUCCAACCUCCAGGGCCUGCCACAAAACAUCCAAGAGCAAACACUGUCCAUCGGCCACAUGGCCAGGGAUGUGUACAACAGGUUUAACAAUGCUGCAGCUCUGAGCGACUUGUCUGACACAGUCCUCAUCAACACUCGAGGUCAGCUGAAGAGCAUGAAAGAUUCCAUUGACAACGUCAUGGAUUAUUUGGUUAACAACACCCCACUAAACUGGCUGGUGGGUCCGAGUUACCCUCGCACAGAACCGAUCAGUAAACCAAUCAGCCAGUCCAGUGAAGAAAGCAGCGUUCAGCCAGAAGUGGAAAUGCAGCCACUUAAUCAGGAACAUUAGUUUAUCAACAUUAGGUCCUUGCAGUGGCUUUUGAAUUUUUGAUAAGUCUGUUUUCUGUUUUGAACCUGGUGAUGUAAAUUCUUUACUAGAAAAUAUAACUUUAUCCUCUACUAUACCUAUUUUUACUACUUAUCCACCUCUUUCUCCUACCCAUGAAAUAAAUAAUCUUUUUACAAUUUCAAUUGAUAAAUUAAUAAUGUACAACAAAUUACCAAGUUAUUAAUACAUUUUUUGCAAAAUCUGAAUUCAUGAACUUUCUUAUGAAAUAUAUAACUUUUGUACUGUCUAUCUACAUUUCUAAUAAAAUCCAAUUCAUCUA